AUGGAUCAAAAUGUCAAACUGGUUCCUGAACAUGGGGAGCCAUUUAAAGAUCCUGCUAGAUAUAGAAGAUUGAUCGGUAAGCUUAAUUAUCUCAUUAUCACUCGACCAAAUAUUUUCCUUGCUGUAAGUGUGGUUAGUCAAUCUCUUCAAAAUCCAUACAAUAGUCACAGGAAUACGGUCAUUCGCAUUCUUAGGUAUGUCAACGGAGUUUCAGGACAAGGACUAUUUUAUGAGGAUAAUGAUCACUCACAAAUUGUUGGCUAUUUUGAUGUAGAUUGGGCAAGUUCCCCUUCAGAUAGACGAUCUACUUCAGGAUAUUGUAUUGUGAUUGGAGGGAAUCUUAUAUCCUGGAAAAGUAAAAAACAGAGUGUGGUUGCAAGAUCAAGUGUAGAAGCAGAAUAUCGAGUUAUGGCUUUAGCAACAUGCGAACUCAUUUGA